CUCCGCCUACAGGUGCACUGAGGUUUUCACUGUCCAAAAAAACGGCUUUGUCCUUUUGGCAGCGAUAGUCGCGAUCCGGACUCUAAUAAACUUUCAUGAAGGGAUUUAUACAGAAGAAUUAAUCAGGCGGAGUAUGUAUCGGAUAUUACCUCUGCUCCUCCUGGGAGGAUUCUUCCUGACAGGCGUGCGGCAUGUUACUGGGAUAGAAAUUAGAACGGAGAAGGAAAUGGAAGCAGUCAACGGGACGGAUGUGAAACUAAGCUGCACCUUCAGUAGUACUCAUCCAGUGACUCCAGGUUCUGUCACAGUAUCCUGGUACUUCCAACCCCUGAAUUCAAAACCCGGCGAGUCUCUGUUUUACUACGAGAAUGAAACGCCUCACCCUCCAACGUCUCCGCAGUUCAAAGGGCAUGUAGUGUGGUCGGGAGAUAUCAUGAGAAAAGAUGCUUCCAUCACUCUCCAGGACGUGAAUCCAACUUUUAAUGGCACCUACAGCUGCCUAGUGAGAAACCCUCCAGACUUUCAAGGCAAUAUUGGAGAGAUCAACCUCAGAGUGAUCAACAAAGUGUCCCUCUCUGAGAUAAGCUUCCUGGCGAUCAUAGUUGGAGGUGCUUGUGGCGUAAUCCUGCUCAUUCUCACUAUCAUUAUGGCAGUGAAGUUCUACAAGAAAAAGAGAAGGGAAGAUGACUUUGAGCUGCACGAGCACGAUUUCAAAGACCCAACUGUGUGCAAACCCGAGGAGGCAGAGCAUCUGACAGCCAUGCAGAAGAAAAAAGAGGUCAGUUCAGACGAUGAAGAGUCUGAGCCCAGCAGUGGAGAUGAUGAUGAUGACGAUGACGAUGACGACGACGACGAUGACGAUGAUGAUUAGAUAGAUGUAUUUUUCUUGAAUUCAAUUUGUUCAUUCACACAAAUUUAUUGGGCUGAUCAUGUGGAUGUGAUGCAUUCAGAAAGUUUUGCGACCGCCCAUGAAAAGCAGAAACUUCUGAUUGAAAUCUAAUUUUUCCCUGUAAAGAAACUCUCCCUGUGCACCUCUGGAACACUUCCACCAUAGAGGCUACUUUUAGAUAUUAACCUUAUAUUAAAAUGUGAGUAAAAAGAGAAAAGCAGUGACUUGCAAAUAAGUUAAAACUUUUAUUUAUUUGGAAAAAAAAUCCCAAGAAAAAAUGUUGACAUAUUACAAUGUAUUUGUUUUGUUUUAAAAUUUUAUGUCAGCAGCAUGUUUCAUAAAAUUCUGGAUUUAUUUCACAGUUUUUCUUAAUUUCAUCAUGUUUUUUUAAGGAAGACUUGUUGACAGUAUAGAAAUGGAUGUAGCUUCUGUGACACUGCUCCCUGGUCUCUGAAGUCUUUGAGGUUUUGAAGCUUUCAGAUGAUGUUGCCAUCUUGGUUUUAAAAAACUGAUAUGAUGAGGCUGAUAUGAAACCAGAUCCUUAGAUGAUGUAAUGCUGGUUUGUUUUAAGACUCUUUCAUACAGCUUCUUCUUCUUUCUUUCUUUUUUUCUUGCCUCAAAGCUACUUCCAUGUUUUAUACUGUCUAUGGAUAAACUGAGCUUCUCUUGGAUUCUCUUCUGAGACUUCUAGUUUGCUGCUCUCCAGUUUAAGAUGAGCAUAUACAAUAAAAUAUCUGUCAACAUUUUAUAUCUCUUCUUAGUACUUUUUCAGUUAAAUAUCAGGUUAUUACUGCAUUCUGCUUUAUUGACAUUUUACUUGCUGCUUUAUUGACAUUUUACUUGCUGCUAUAGUGUAGUUGACAGGAUUAAAAUAUAUUUGGCUGAACCCACAUGUUAUCUUUGCAAAGCUACCUUUUUUUUCUUCCUUGCCAAAAAGCUUGCAUUUGCAGACAGCAAAUCUCGACCAAUGACAUUUCAGCUGAGAAAAUCAAGUGUGUUAAGCUCCUAGCAUUAAACAGAAGUCAUGUGCAGGUUACAACGGUUGGCUAAGCUCACUCCUUUUUAACUAUUACAAAUUAUUUCCACUUCCCAAUGUGACGCACCAACCAAAGCUGACUGAUUCCAGCUUUUUCUGCACGAAUAAAGAACUUACACGACUAUUUCAGUACUCCACAUACAUACUCCAGUAUAUAGGCACCGAUGUCUGAAAUGUGUUGAGUUGUCAUUUCAUUUUUUAAUAACUGGGACAAAUAAAUGCCAGACUUGUUCACUGUACUGUUUAUGAUCGCUAUGUUGCUUUGUUGUUGUGUAAUCUCAUUGGGGAUUUCUACUCAAAAACUGGACAUGUAUUGCCCUUCUGGGGUGUCCAUGAAUGUUUACUGUUAAAUAAUUGAACUGUAGAUGUGUAAAGCGUAGGCCCUAGUAAGAUGUUUCAUUGCUAACACUACCCUGUUGCCAGUGUAGAUAGUGCUUAUCUGUGCUGCUGCCACAAAAAUGUGUCUCUUUCUUUCUAAAAGUUCACCAACAGGUUUAUGAGCAAUGACUACUGUUUACUUCACGGACAACUAGCAAGUUUGUGUUCUGCUUUUUGUAUAAAAAGUGAAAAAUAAAAAUUUCUGUUC